CAUGUUUGACUUGCUAUCAGAGACAAAUAAGAGAAUGUGUAGCGCUGCUGGGACUGCCCAAGAAGCACUGGCACAACACAACGCUGCGAAAUGGCUCUCGGACGACUCCUGUGCGGGUUGACACUGUUCAUCGUUACUUUCUUCAAUGGUUGUCACGCUCAGCUACAAAAUUGCGGCCAGGCGGCACUAAACACCAGAAUCAUCGGUGGUCAAGACGCCUCCCCAGGAUUUUGGCCAUGGCAGGUCAGCCUAAACAAAGUAGAUUUUGCUUUCUGCGGAGGGUCCCUCAUCAGCCACCAGUGGGUGCUAACAGCGGCACACUGCGUUGGACAGGAGGACAUCUUGGACACAUUCGUGUACGUGGGCCGUCAAAGUCAAAGCGGUCCAAACCCUAACGAGGUGGUCCGGGAGAUGGAAGCCGUGAUGUGCCACCCCGACUACAACAACAGAACAUUCGAGAACGACAUUUGCCUUGUGAAACUGUCGUCUCCGGUAAACUUCACCCACUACGCCCAGCCCAUCUGCUUGGCCGACGAAGGCAGCACCGCGCACACUGGGACCAGCAGCUGGAUCACCGGCUGGGGGACCACCAGUGUUGACGAUCCAACUCAUCCAGACAUUCUUCAAGAGGCAAAUCUGCCGAUUGUGGGGAACAAAGAGUGUGAAUGCUACCUUGAUAUCACGAUAACAGAUAACUUCCUCUGUGCUGGGCUCAAAGAAGGCGGGAAGGACUCCUGUCAGGGAGACUCAGGCGGGCCUUUGAUGAGCAAAAAUAAUUUGUCCUGGGUCCUACUGGGAAUCACCAGUUUUGGUUUUUCCUGCGCCCGACCUAAAAGCCCCGGUGUCUAUACCAGAGUGUCCAAGUACAAAGAAUGGAUCGUGAACACCAUCGCCAACGUUAACGACACUCCCAUCUUCGACUUGUUCACCUCCCCAGGGGUGGACAGAGACACCAACUUCACCUGCACGUCACCCACGGACGACAGCAGCGUAUUUGGAGGGGGCGGGAGUGUCGCUCGUGUCAGCGCCUUUUCAUGUUUCAUCAUGCUGUGUGUCACCGUGUGGUCGAUGUACGUUCUAGCGGCCGUUGUGAACGUGUGACGGCUUCUUUCGGCUUUUCUGUUUCAUCUUGCGCAAGAUUAAAUCCAAGAAGGCAGUCAUUUGGUGUUUUCCAGUUUUAUUCCACUUAUCGCAGCAAUAUAGAAAAAUUGACGGAUCAUUUUCAUCAUCAUUAUUAGGUCCUGAAAAACAGCAGCGAAGUCUGUGGCCUGGGCAAAAAAAAAUAAAAAUGAAUAACCCACUGUCCGUGAA